CUAGAGCGAGGAAAAAUGAAAUGAUUUUACUUCAGUGUUAUUGUUCACAGUCGCAACUGCAAAAAGGGACAAUUCCCCCGGAGCAACCUGGAGUUAAGUGCCUUGCUCAAGGGCCCAACAGUGGCAUCUUGGUGGUGCUGGGGCUUGAACCCCCGACCUUCUGCCCCUAGGACACCUAGGAAUGUCUGGUUUGACAGAGAGUGGCAAAGUAGAGGAAAAUGACACCUCAAUGUCAAACGUCUCUCAGUGCCUUUUGAACAACCUGACAAUCUCUUCAAUGGGGACUUCAUCAGAACAAUCAUUGCAUUGUCCUCAAGACACCAUGGCUCUACUCGAUGACCAUGGAGACCUCUUGACCACUAUCGGUUUUAUGGAAUCCAUCUGCACAGAUGGACCAGCUAAAGCUGCUUAUGUCAAUGGAUCCACCUCACCCAAUAUCUCAGAUGAAAUAUUGUUAGAUAUUUCAAAAAAUGUACCGGGAUUCCUUCCUAGAUCAUUACACGCACAAAAUUCUCUCACAACCAACGUUCAAUUUGAAGGACACGAUCCACUCAGAAAAGAGGGGGAAAUAACAAUUAAGCAAACGUUGACUGCUGAGGAUGUGGAAAAUAGGGGCAUAUGGGGCUUUGAAACAGAAUCACCAGAAAGCUCAUUAGAAAUUUUUGAUGAUGGAAACGACCUUAGCUGGGAUCCCCAGAAAGAAUUUCUGAAGUUCUUCUGGGAUGAUGAUAAUGGUCUUGAAAUGGAGGGAAAAUUGUCCCCUGUUGCUUCACCCAUCAACCAGAAAACAAGGGUUCCAUCACCGCUCAGCCAUGAAAGAAGAAAACGUAAAUCAAAAAUUGUACCUAAAGUAGAUCCCUCAGAGGACAUCUACCCUAAUUUAGAUUUAAAUUCAAAAAGCAUUCACCAGGGUGAAGGAAGCCAGACAGAUUGCAGUCCUCUUAAGAAGAUUCGCUCUCCAAGGAAACCGUCCAAGUCACGGUCACCCAUUGUGAAAACUACCAAGCGUUUAAAUGGAGCUGCUGAAGCAGUCAAACACCUUUUUCCCAAACCAGCAAAAAAACAUAUUAGCAAGACUCACAAGUUUGGAAUGAUUAGAGAAAAUUUGACAACAGACUCUGAGGAGCCUACAUUUUCUCCAUGUAACAGAAGUUUUACAGGGCAAUCUAAAGAAUACAGACAAAUUACAAUUAAUACAGACACACCCAGUUCAAGGCCAUUUAUAUGUAAGGAAUGUGGACAGUGUUAUCAAGAUCAGAGUUCACUGUUAAAUCACAUAAAUGUUCACCAGUUAAAGGAACAGAAAAUUAUGGAGGAAAUAAAUGAGGUACAUAAAAUUAAAGAUGCAAGGUUGCAGUGCCCCCAGUGUUCCUUUGGAACCGACUGUCCGAACACGUUUGUCAAACAUGCCAAGACCCAUGAGAAGGACAAGCAUUACUAUAGCUGCAAUAAGUGUGAUUUUGUGGAAAUGAAUGAAGUUGAACUAAGACGUCAUUUGCUUCAUAAGCACGGUAUCAGUGAUGCUGAUCUGACUAUUUGGAAAUCGGAUGGAGUUCAGUUGCGCAAAGUCGAUAGAUCAGACAAUAAUUCUGCAGCACAUUAUCCAAUCUCAUACUCCUGCUCCUUUAAAAGAAAAAGUAUCCAAAGCCAAUCAAGACUUGACAAAUCAAUUCACACACUUUUAUCCAGAAAGAAACACAGCAACCAGAGCGCCUCAGAGUGCAACACUCAUCAGCGUCCUGAUAGAAUCAAUGCAACAGGUUUUCUUGACACAAGCAAAUGCUUAAAUCAUGAUUCCUUCGAUUGUGAAACCACAUUAUCUAGAACUAAAAAGAGUUCAUCCCCUUCAAAUUGUCUGAAAAGAUCAGUUAAUUCUAAAGAAAGGAACGCAAAAAGCACUUCUAAAUUUGAAGGAAACAUCACUUGUUCUAAAGAUUUUGGAAGUAGGUCAGCCUCCAACCACAAAAAUUUAAGUAUGGAGAAGCAAAUAUUAAAAAAGUCGCUCUCCAAAAGGAAAACAUCAACACCAUUCCACAAUAUGCAGGGACAUGAUAUUCUUUUAGAUAUUCCAAAAUGUAGACAAAAUUUAAAGAACCAUAAAACAUCCAACAAAGACUUUUUGUGUGAUUCUAAUCAUGAUCUUGGUGCUGAAGAAUGUGAGGUUAAAGAGGAUCCUAAGGUCAAUGCACGUUUGAUAAGAAGACCGGCAAAGAGACGUUUUCGAGCCUCAUGUAAUCACUUUGAGAGAGAUCAUGGUUCUCCAAGGACGAUUUCGGUCAAGGAAGAAGAGGUUUAUGAUGACAACUCUGAGUCAAUCCCAGCUGUGAAACAGGUGGACACACAUCAGGCAGAGCUGCCAGCUGACUACCAACAAACAGAACUCAUGUGUCCACUCUGUAUGGAGUUGUUUGACACAAGGAUUGGGCUGUCGAAUCAUGUACGAGGCCAUCUGAAGCGGCUGGGAAAACCUGUUUCCACUUCAUCAAAAUCUCCAGUGAUCCUAUUGAAAGAACUGAUGCGUGACAAAAAACAGUUUGAGAUGAAGUUGCAGGUUCUUGAAAAGAAGUGUCGUGGUUCUAGAUCUUUCUAUCCUAUAAUAUUGAGUAAUGGUAAAGUAACCUUUGCAUCUAAUCAACCCAGCGAAGACAAAUGUAAAGAGAAUAAUAAAAGCGCACCCCCAAGUGAUCUGAUUGGAAUUUUAAAGAAAAGAAGGGCCGAUGAAGAGACCAAAACUAAGCAUUCAUCCCACACAGACUCACUUACAGAGGUGGACGCAUCCAAGACCCAGACUGAAAAUCUGACAGAGAUGCCAACUGACUGCAAACAGACAGAGCUUGUCUGUCCACUCUGUAGGGAGUGGUUUGUCACUGGAACUGGGCUGUCUAAUCAUGUUCGAGGCCAUCUGAAGAAACUGGGAAAACCUACUUCCACAUCAUCAAAAUCACCAGUGAUCCUAUUGAAAGAAUUGAUGCGUGACAAGAAACAGUUUCAGAUGAAGUUGCAGGUUCUUAAAAAGAAGUCUUGUGCCUCCAAUUCUCUAUAUGCUGUAAGAUUGAGUAACCAUCUAACCUUCAACUCUACUAGCAAACGGCACAAACGGCAUGUGUAUUCUCGAUCCAGAGAGAAAAAGAAAAGCAUAGAGACUAAUAAAGUCUCACCACCAAGUGAUCUGAUUGGAAUUUUGAAGAAAAGAAGGGCCCAUGAGGAGAAUGAUGCCAAGCAUCCAUCCCACACAGCGAGAAAGGCUCUCGUUUUGUCUUCAGGCAAAGAUCAAGGCCUGGUGAUAGAACCUGUCAAAGCAGAGCCGAAUUCUGUGACCGAUAAAAGUGAGCUCAAUACAAAAGUGUGUAUACACUGUAAUGCCACUUUCCACAGUGGUGUCAGCCUCUCCAAUCAUCUGAGAGCAUAUGAACAGAGAAAGAAAAAAGCCCUUCGAGAUGGAACUACCUAUGACUGUAAACAGAGAAAGCAAAGAUCGAGAUCAGGGUCAAAGAAGAAAAUCCAUCCAUUGCUGCACAGCCAAGAGGAAAAGUAUACACUUACAUGCAGGUUUUGUGAUCUAGUCUUCCAGGGCCCUUUGUCAGUACAGGAGGACUGGAUAAAGCAUUUACAGAGGCACAUCAUGAAUACUGCUGUACCGCACACAGGGGCAGGAAUGGUGGAAGUCACCUCAUUCCCCAAGGACUCUUGCCCUAACACAGAUCCACACGCACAACCUUCAGUAAUGCAAAUAUGCUCAUAAGCCCAGGAAACUUAAGAGACAAAAAUUUGUCCCAUGAAUAUCACUUGUAUGUAAAUUGGUUGGUUCCCACUUAAAUUUUAGAUGGUCAUCGAUAUUGUAUUAAAUUUUAUUUUCUCGUAAUGAGGAUCCACUUUCAUCAUUUUUAGGUAUUGUUACAUUGUGCUGGUGUUGUACGUUGUUGAUCUAUAAACUUACGAAUGGUGGGUGAAUGUGUUGAGAUUUUUAGUGGAACCCACCACCAAAAGACAACUUUUACCUCAGCUGCUUUUUAAGGCUUUGCAUAUUGGGUUUAUUCUGUGGAGGCAGAUUUGCGCUCUACAAAACCUGAAAAUAUUGAUUUAUUUUUUGGGGAUUUUUUUUUAACAAGCCAUUUUAAUUUGAGGUCCAAUACUAUUAAGUAUUUCAAAUGUCCCAUCCAUAAAUCUUUGAAGGUGCAAAGAUAAUGCAUUUGUAUAGAAAUGUAAAUCUAUAUAUUUACUUGAUUAUGAAUUUUGCCCCAUACAAUUAUCAGUCAUGUGAAACAAAUUGUUCUAAUUAUAUUUAGCAGUACAGACAGUAUGCAUGUCAUAACUUCCUCAUUACACCAUUUAAGUCCCAGUAACAUUUGGAGUAUCACAUACAGGUAUUACCCUCUUGAUUUUAUCUUAAAUCUCUUAAGUUUGCCAUGUGUGCUGGAAAAGAAUAUUAACUGUUACUUGUGUAGACCAUUUUUUACAGUUAAAAUAUUUUGUGUAUAAACCUUUUUAGGUAAUUUAUGUGAAAAUGUACAUCUCUAUAAACAGUUUUGUUGUUCAGAAUAAAGUGUUUGUUGUUGUUGUCUUCAGCUUAGUUUAAGCUGUGAAUGUAACAUUGCCACAUAAUAUGUAUGUAAAGGUGUUCAUAUUUUCCAGUCAUCCUAUUGCCAAG